GUCCAAGGCCAACAUUGUUUGCCCUUGCGCCGAGUCCCAGAAGCAAUGCGAUGUGCUGGACUACACCACCACAGGCCAAAAGUCGAAUGUGACCACUCAGUGCGUGAAUCAGGGUGUGAAGUGCCCCUGCGGCAAGAAUACGCUGACUUGUGCGGAUCCGAACGACGCAGAAGAUGAUAUCUGCGAGCCAAAGUACAGUGGUACGCUGCUGAACAGCUGCCCACGGCCCUGCACUCCUGAGCAGGAGGCCGCAGGCAACAAGACCUGCACCCAGACGAACCUCCGGGACAAUGGAGACUUCAUAUCUGAAACCAUCAGUUGCGUACGACCAGCCAACUGCUUACCCGGCCAGAACAUGCAGAAGU